AUGCCAUCCCUAGAAGAACCAAAGAACGAAGCUCGAUUGCUAUUGGUCUCGAACCGCCUGCCGAUCACCAUCAAACGAUCCGAAGAUGGCAAAUAUGAUUUCUCCAUGUCAUCAGGUGGCUUGGUAAGCGGCCUGAGUGGCCUGUCCAAGUCUACUACAUUUCAGUGGUACGGCUGGCCCGGAUUAGAGGUCCCCGAACCGGAGAUCCCGGUAGUCAAGCAACGCUUGAAGGAGGAGUACGGCGCGGUACCCGUUUUCAUUGAUGAUGAUCUGGCUGAUCGCCACUAUAAUGGAUUUUCGAAUUCCAUUCUCUGGCCACUAUUUCACUACCACCCCGGUGAGAUCACCUUCGAUGAGUCCGCAUGGGAAGCCUACAAGGAGGCGAACCGCUUGUUCGCCAAGGCGAUCUCAAAGGAGGUCCAGGAUGGCGACCUGAUCUGGGUCCACGAUUACCAUCUUAUGCUCCUGCCAGAGAUGCUCCGGGAAGAGAUUGGUGAUAGCAAGAAGAACGUGAAGAUUGGAUUCUUCCUGCAUACGCCAUUCCCCAGCAGUGAGAUCUACCGAAUCCUCCCGGUGCGCAACGAGCUCCUCCUGGGAGUUUUACAUUGCGAUCUUAUUGGCUUUCACACCUACGACUAUACUCGCCACUUCCUGAGCAGUUGUUCGCGUUUGCUGGGCCUGGCCACAACGCCAAAUGGGAUCGAGUUCCAGGGCAAGAUUAUCACUUGCGGAGCCUUCCCCAUUGGUAUUGACCCGGAGAAAUUCAAGGAGGGACUGAAGAAGGAGAAAGUCCAGAAACGAAUUGCUAUGCUGGAGCAGAAGUUCCAGGGUGUCAAGCUUAUGGUCGGUGUUGACCGUCUGGAUUAUAUCAAGGGUGUGCCCCAAAAGCUUCACGCCCUGGAAGUCUUCCUCAGCGACCACCCAGAAUGGGUUGGAAAGGUAGUUCUGGUCCAAGUAGCUGUUCCGAGUCGCCAGGAUGUGGAAGAGUACCAGAACCUGCGAGCUGUAGUGAACGAGCUGGUGGGACGUAUCAAUGGCAAAUUUGGAACUGUGGAGUUCAUGCCAAUUCAUUUCCUCCACAAGUCCGUCAACUUCGAUGAGCUCAUUGCUUUGUAUGCUGUCUCCGAUGCUUGUAUUGUUUCUUCUACACGUGAUGGAAUGAAUCUCGUCGCCUACGAGUAUAUCGCGACACAGCAGAAGCGUCACGGUGUCUUGGUCCUCUCCGAGUUUGCCGGUGCUGCUCAAAGUCUGAACGGGAGUAUCAUCGUGAACCCCUGGAAUACGGAAGAGUUGGCCGGAGCUUACCAAGAAGCGGUUACUAUGAGUGACGAGCAACGUGCUCUAAAUUUCACCAAACUCGACAAAUAUGUCUCCAAGUAUACCAGUGCAUUCUGGGGCCAGUCAUUUGUCACCGAGCUCACCCGGAUAUCAGCUCACUCAGCUGAUAAAUUCCAAGCCAAGAAGCUGGCUGUUGCCGAGAACGGUGAAAGCGAAGCCCCAACUGAGCAGCCCACUGAGGCUGCUUAG